AUGGCUGAACCGCUCUCUAUUGUGACGGGAGCAGUGGCGCUAGUCACUGCUGCCAUUGGGACCUCGCAGUCCUUGAUUAAGGGCUACUCGUACUGGAGCGAAUGGGACAAAAAUGCAACUGAGACGAAAAAGACGUUCGAACUCCACCUAGCCGUUUUCCAGCAGUUUGCUUCUUUCUUGGAGUCGCGGAAAUUCCAACCCAAAGAGGAUGACUUAGUAAAUCUCAUGUCCGACGCCGUUAAAAGAAGUCAACACACCCUCGGUGAGCUUCAGAAAAAACUAAAUACAAUGAUGAAGGUCUGCGACAGCGACACCAAAGAAUCUGUCAGAGCUACCGUGCGCCGAUAUGCCUCUCGAUUUGUUUUUCAACUCGGCCCCAAGACUUGGUCAAACCUCUUGGAUGACGUGGAGAGAAAAUAUGUGCCUCUAAAGCAAGCGCUUGACGUUCUAAGUUACAAUCUUCAAGGGCUACACUACAGCAGCAGCCAGGAGGCUAAGUUACGUGAUUUGUUUGGAACUCCUGACUUUGAUUCUAUUUACAUCACUGCGCGGAGCAAACACCAUGGACAAACAGGACAGUGGUUUAUCAAUGACAAGCUCUUUGUUCGUUGGCUAGAGAAGGGCCCUUCCUUUCUUUGGGCACGUGGAUUUAUAGGAUGUGGCAAGACACACAUGUGUGCUACUGCUAUUGAUCAUUUGCAAAAUCAUCACCUGCGACAGAGCAAGUACCAUGAGCUCAAGACAGGAGUUGCCUUUUUCUUCUUCUUCAAUCAAUCACCGCAGCAGGAUGACUGUGGUAUGCUACGCUCUCUACUGUGGCAACUCUCUGACAAGUUGAAUGAUGGACACACCCAGCUUACAGAGCUUUAUGCUUCGAAGCAAAAUCUAACAAGGGAUGUGCUCGGCAAUUGUCUUCAUGCCAUUAUGGAAGAAUUUUCGAAAAUCUUCAUUCUGAUCGAUGGUUUGGAUGAAAUCACUGCCGAGGAAACGACAGGCGUACUAUCUACCAUCGAAAUGAUUCGGAAGUGGAACCUACCUUGUCUUCACCUUCUAGUCACAAGUCGUGAUUUCUUGAACAUUCGUAAUUCAUUGAAGCCUCGGCAAGAUGAGGUAGUGAUCAUGAAAAAUGCUGCAAUUCAGCAGGACAUUGCGAACUAUAUUGGGCACCGACUUGAAACCCAUCCGAUCCUCAAGAAAUACAAAGAACGCCACGGUGAGAUUCAGGAUCUCAUUUCAGAACGUGCCCAAAGCGCAUUUAAGUAUGCUGACUGCUUGUUUGAUCAUAUUGGUCAGGCUGCAAGUUUAUCUCAAUUAAACACAUUGCUUUCCUCGUUGCCUGGCUCUCUAGAUGAUGCAUACGAGGGUAUUCUGAGCAAAAUUCCCAAGGCAGGAGCGAAUGAUGCAGGGCGUAUCUUGAGGAUUCUUUGCCUCUCAAAUCGACCCCUGACUGUGAAUGAGCUGACUCACGCACUUGCAGUGGAUCUUGGUCAAAAUCCACGUCUUAAUAUUGAGCAGCGACUAGUAGACAUUGAUACUAUCCACUUCAUGUUUGGCUGUUUGGUCGAACUUACCUGGAAAAAAGGUCUAUUCGCUCAAGGGUAUAUUAUAAUCCAAGUAGCUCACCUCUCUGUGCGAGAGUACCUGGAGUCAGAAAAAAUCCGCCGGCAACCAAAGGUAUCUAUGUUUGCGAUAGAGCAUAAUUCUGCGCAUAUGGAGAUUGCGCAAACAUGUCUUCUCUAUAUUUUGGACCCUAAGAUUUCUCAGAGAGAACAAAGCCAGGUUACGCUCAUGGAGUUUCCAUUUGCUUCAUACGCUGCCAAGGAAUGGCUCUACCACUACACAAGUUCCGACCCUCCAAGAUCUGGCGUCAAGAAACUAGUGGUCGAGCUUUUUAUGGACCGGGGCGGUUGCUUCGAUACUUGGAUUCAACUUCGUGAUCUGGGCCACCCAUGGAAGAGAGCUACAGCCAUCGCGGGUGCUACAGAUAACCAUACAACACCUUUGUACCAUGCGUGUUUGUUAGGGCUUGCCGAGAUUGCAGCCGAGCUGGUCACGUUCUACGAUGUGAACGCUCCUGGCGGACGGUAUGGGAACGCAUUACAAGCAGCGAUAUCACAAGGCCACAUCGAUGUUGUGUGCACUCUCCUAGACGGAAGCCCUGAUGUUGACAUUGGGGAAAAGAUUUCGAGCACAGAACAGGCAAUCUUACCUGAGCGGCAGGAGACAGAGAAACAGAUGUUGCCAAACACAAACAAUUCUAUCAAUGUCAAUGCCCAUGGUGGAGAAUAUGGCACUUCUCUAAUUGCAGCAUCCUACAAUGGCAACAGAGAGCUAGUAUCGAUGCUGCUACGCAAGGGGUCGAAGAUCAACGACCAAGUUGGUCAGUACGGCAAUGCUCUGAUUGCAGCAUCUAGUGCGGGCCACAGCAAAAUAGUGCAGACAUUACUGGACAAAAGUGCAAGCAUCAAUUCCCGCGGUGGAAUAUUCGGCAAUGCCUUCUACGCUGCCUCAUUUGGUGGACAUACAAACGUCCUGCAGGUUCUUCUAAAGUCUGGAGCCGACAUCAAUGCCGAAGAUGGUCAAUUCGGCACUGCCCUCGGCAGUGCUUCUCUUGGAGGCCAUAUGGCAGCAGUGCAGAUACUGGUCGAUCAUGGUGCCGAUGUCAAUGCCUCCAGUGGAAGACUUGGUAGUGCACUCCAGGCUGCCUCCCUUGUGGGCCAUAUUGAGCUGGUUAAAUACUUGCUUGAUAAAGGGGCCGAUGUCAACGCUUCUGGUGGAAGAUUUGGCAACGCUCUUCAGGCCGCAUCAUUUGGCACUCGUGAAUCUAUGGCAGAAGGUGUGCAACAGAUAGUAAGGGCUAUGCUUUCACAGGGUGUGCCAGUUCUUCCGCAGAAUAGCAAUGCACUACAGGUUGCUUCCUUCGAUGCAUACCUUUGGGAUGAGACGAUGCUCAAAAGAAUAAGCGAGGCUGUGCUAUCAAUGUUCCCUAAGGAUCUUUCUGCUGUGGAUUCUGGAAUGCGCAAUCCGCUUCUAGAUGCAUUUCUUAUAGACCGUGGGGCAUUGGUGCGGCUGUUGCUAAAGGAAGGCGCCGAUGUCAAUGCCCCUGGUGGAGAAUAUGGCUCUGCACUCCAGGCCGCAUCAUCCCAGGGCCUUGGAACGGUGGUAAAAAUACUACUAGAAGCCGAUGCAGAUGUUCAAGCUUCAGGUGGUCUUCAUGGUAGCGCUCUUGAGCUGGCAUCUAACCAAAACCAUGAAGGAGUAGUGAAGAUGCUUCAAGAGGCCACUAGUAGCCUGUUGCCUACAGGGUCCCACUCUUGA